UAUAGAAAAAAAAUUUAUUUACUUUUUAGUGUUCCAUUUGCAAGAUAUUUAGCUUGGAACGAAAUUUCUAUUUUGAGAAGAUACUCUAUUGAACGGGUUUAUCGUGAAAAAAAGGAGCUGGAUCGUAUUCCAAGAGAAUUAUACGAGUGCGCUUUCGAUAUAGUGACGCCAUCAAGGGGUAACUUUGUUCUGGAUGCUGAGCUUUUUUCGAUUUUCAAGGAAAUCGUCGAUAACUUGCUUGGAGUGAACACAAAGAAAUGCACUAUUCGAUUAAAUCAUCCUCUUUUGGUUAAAGCGAUUCUCUUACAGUGUAACAUCAAAGAUCGACAUUCCGAAAUUUUUAAUAUUUUAUCGUUUUCCGAUUUAAAGGAUUGUCAAGGAAAAGCAAGGCUGCAAAUCCAUUUAACCAGCUUAGGAAUAUCCGAUACCAGCAUAACGAUGCUAUUUAAACUUUUAGAAACGGAAGUAUCGGCCGAUAACAUCGACAGUCAUUUUCAAAUGUUGACCCGGAAAAAAUCAACGGAAAUUGGAUUAAAUUCUAAAAAAGCUUUGAGCGAAUUAAAAAGUAUCAUUCAAAAUAUAGAAUCAUUCGGAGUCGAUUAUAACAUUAUAAUCGUUCCGAAUUUAUUAUUUAAAAUUCAACAAUAUUCGGGGGUAAUGUUCCAAAUUGGGUGUCAACCCAGAAAAAAGCAUUCGAAAGGGAUGGAUAUUUUAGCCGCGGGUGGUCGAUAUGACUCCAUGAUCACCGAUUAUCGUUGUAUUUUAAAAAAAGCCAAUUUAACCAACUUAGAAAUUGAACAAACCGCCGUCGGUAUUUCGAUAUCCCUUGACAAAAUGGCUCAAAUAUUAAUAAAACAUCAAGCGGAAUUAGACGAAAUUGACGACACUAAUCAAUUCUACGGCAAAUGCGACCAAAUCGUUUCAGUUUUGUGUUUGGGAUCGAUAAAUAACAAAGAAAAAACGCGCUUGAUGAGCGAUUUGUGGACUAACGGGAUAAAAUCGUCGAUGCUCGAAGGGAUUAACGAGGAAUUAGCGGAUGAUUUAAAAGUGCCGAUUUUAAUUAUUUUUAAAGAUACCGAACAAGGAGUUGUUUCGAUUAGGUAUCGUGAGAAGGAUCGCGUUCAAAAUAAAAGGAUAAAAAGGACGGAUGUUAUCGAUUUUAUUCAGCAGCUAAAAAAUACUUGUUAUCAACAACGUUUCGAUCAUAAUCGGACAAUUAGUGAAAGAAACGAUCAAAAUAACGACGUUUCAGUUAAUAUUUUGUUUGUAACUUCAGAAAAAAUUUCGGGUGGAGCUAGAAGAAAAUAUGAAAACCAGAUUUUAACUCAACUUCAUAGCUUUACCGAGCGUUUUAACGGCGAAAUCAUAGUCUUGGUUUUAACUCUAGAUCUUAAUAUAAUACGAACGUUAAGUUCGUAUUUGAAUUUUGAGAAUGAUUAUCAAUUUAAUUCUUCGGUGAAAACUAUAAUUGAACGACAUCAACAAAAUAGAAAGUACUUAAACGAAGUUUGCGAUGAAAUAAAGAAAGUGAAAUUUAAAAAGACACAACCUAUUAUUAUAUUGUAUAGCCUACAAGAAUCUGUUUAUAAAAUUAUUUUUUAA